AUGUUCGAACUGAUGGGAUUCAUAGGAAUUGCAUUGCAAGUAAAAAGGAUUCCAAUCAUAUUAGAACCUUACCAACUCCAAAGAAUCGACAAUAUUUCUGAGUACUUCCCUAACAUUGGAAGUCGUUUUCAAAGAAAGGAAAUCUGUCAAAGCCACGUGUACAUCUCUACACCAUUGGAGUUUUGUUGUAGACAUGACAUUAGGAUUGUGAAACGACUGGAAGAGAAAACCUUUAUACAUUCUGUGGCGAUCCAGUUGCGUUAUUUGCAGUCUUACAAAUAUUUCUGGAAUCUUCGUCGAGAAGCUAUACUUCAUAUUAUUGGCGGUAGUAAUCAAACCAUUUUCAUGGCUGAUACACAACUUUUUCCAAAAAAUCGCUUACGUCGACGGCAAUCAAACAUAUGCGUGCACAUACGACGAGGUGAUUUCACGGGAUCGAAAAUGCAUCGCGCGUCCGAUGCUGAGUUUAGCCUAGCUGCCAUGCGUUUUGUUGUUGAGAAGACAAUAAGCGAGGACUCGCGUCCUCCUCAUAUCUACGUCUUCACUGACAGUAUUGAAUGGACGAAGGAAAACGUUGUCGAACCUUACAUAGCUGCAAACAUUAGUUGGUCAGCGCCGUUGAUAGCUGCUGAUUUCGCUGACAAAGCACCAAAUACCGAAUGGGAGUUCAGCAGAAUGUACUGCGAUCGGGUGCUACUCACAGCGUCUACAUCGACCUAUGGAUGGUGGAUUGCUUAUUUUAGCAGAGGACAAAAGGUUUACUACAGUACAAGACAUGGUUCUCCGGGAGCACAUCCACGAGAAUUUUUAUCAACGGAUUUCUUCCCACAACAUUGGAGACCAUUAUCGAGUCAUGGGAGCGAAGUUAUUGAGCUUUAG